UGGUAACUUCCUGGAGCACGGAGCCUGCUGGAAAUCCUCCAGCGCUUGUUGACCUUAACUAUCACACUGUGUUUUGACUCAGGCUGUCGUUCUUGCCACGUAUCUGGAGAUGGGCACUGUGGAGCUCCGGGGCUGCUCUGCUGUGGAGCUGGGUGCUGGCACAGGGCUGGUGGGCAUAGUGGCUGCCCUGCUGGGUGCUCACGUGACUAUCACGGAUCGAAAAGUAGCAUUAGAGUUUCUUAAAUCAAACGUUCAAGCCAAUUUACCACCCCAUAUCCAGCCCAAAGCUGUUGUUAAGGAGCUGACUUGGGGACAAAAUUUGGGGAGUUUUUCACCUGGAGAAUUUGACCUGAUACUUGGAGCUGAUAUCAUAUAUUUAGAAGAAACAUUCGCAGAUCUUCUUCAAACAUUGGAGCAUCUCUGUAGCAGCCACUCAAUGGUUCUUUUAGCUUGCCGAAUUCGCUAUGAACGGGAUUACAACUUCUUAGCAAUGCUGGAGAGGCAAUUUACUGUGAGCAAGGUUCACUAUGAUUCUGAAAAAGACGUACAUAUUUACAAAGCACAGAGGAGAUGCUUGAGAGAGGACUUGUAAUUGGUUCUAAUUUAUAAGAAUGUCGUCACUGAGUGUAUCAAUUAAGGUCUUACUUGGGGAAUAUAAUCAUAUAAUAAAGUAGUCUGCUGUAAAAGUUUAACCAAAGGUUCUCGAAAGACAAAGCAAAUGUGCAGUUUUCAAACAAAGCAGCACUUUUUCCCAUUGCUGUGACUUCUUUAGUUAUAUUUUACUAACUCUGAAAUUCAACUAACAUUAAAGGAAAGUGUGAGAUUUUGGUUUUUGUUGUUUCUGUAUCCCAUAUGCUCCCUCUCAAUAAAUAAUUUUCAUUGAUGCUGUGAUGAAGGGUUGGUAUAAAGAACUUGUUUUGGUGAGGCUAGUUCAUGCAAAUCAUUUAAAACACAUUGUAAGACAUAUGUUUAUCCCAGUUUUCUAAUUUUCUGAGUAUAAGACAAGACGUUUAAUAUACAUUCCCUGAGCUAUUAAUACUAUUGAACUCUUUUGUCUGAUGUAUUUAGGCCUUAAGUACUUUUGGUUACUAGAGAUUAGGAUGUGAGUUUUCUGAGGUCUCAUAUGCUUUUUUGGUGUAAUUUCAGAUUUAGGUAUAUAAACAAAAGAGUAAAUAAAAAUAAAAUUUUAGUUAUUUUUUGGUAAGCUCCUAAAAUGGGGAAUAGGUUAUCUUCAAAUCAAAUGCUGUAGUAUCUCCCUUCAGCUUCACCCUUUCUUGAAUGUUUUUGUAUUUCUCAAGUGUUGUUUUGUAGCCUUUCCCUGCCUCCUCAUGAUGCACAGGAUGACAGUAAAAGAAAAAUUUUAGACUUGAUCUUUCCAUGGGAGGUUAACUCCCCAAGUCUCAGCUCCUUCCACAUUGCACUUAUAAUUGUUUAUUCAAUGUUUGUGUGCCCCAGAAGAUUGUACAGUUCUUGGGGGCCAGGAAUGCUUCUGCCUCUUUCAUUAUGGUCUCCCCAGUGUCUAGUAUAUCAUAGCCAAAUAUUUUUUGAAUGAAAAAGAUACAAUUAGAGGGUAUUGAUCUUUGAUUGAUUGCUACAUUGUUUUAUGAUUACCUUUGAUAGACUUUAUGAAGUCACACACAUACCCUGCCCUUUUGCUUUUUCCCCCACAUUGUAAAAGCUUAAACAACAGCUUAAACAUUUAGACCACAAGAAUAUUAUAAUCUCAGUAUGAUGUUUCCUAGUAGAGAUAGAUUUCUUUGUAAAACAUCAGAAACAAGACCUCCUCCCUCUUAACCUUUUAAUGACUAUUUUGGAUGGGUCAUAUUUUAAAUAGAGGUUUAGAUAGAGGUUUUACUUUAAUAAAGGUGAAUUUAAAGUUC